UGGAAAUUAUAUUUUCGAGGAUUAAAUCAGCUCAAAAACUGAGGAAACAAAACAAAAUUAAACAGUCUAAAAGAUGGGGGCCAUGUUGUCAAGAUUAGUGAUGAUGAUGUUUGCAAAGAAAGAGAUGAGAAUUUUAAUGGUGGGUCUUGAUGCUGCUGGAAAAACCACAAUUCUUUACAAGCUCAAACUUGGUGAAGUUGUCACUACUAUCCCCACUAUUGGGUUUAAUGUGGAAACUGUAGAGUACAAAAAUGUGGGCUUCACUGUUUGGGAUGUUGGUGGCCAAGACAAGAUCAGGCCUUUGUGGAGAUAUUACUUCCAUAAUACCCAAGGCUUUAUAUUCGUAGUAGACAGUAAUGACAUAGAGAGAAUCAUGGAAGCUAGAGAUGAGCUCCACAAGAUGCUAAAUGAUGAUGAGCUGAGGGAUGCAACACUAUUAGUGUUUGCCAACAAGCAAGACCUUCCAAAUGCAAUGACUGUUGCUGACAUCUCUGAUAAACUUGGCCUUCACUCCCUUCGCCAGCGUCGCUGGUAUAUACAGACUGCUUGUGCUACCUCUGGUGAAGGGCUCUACGAAGGUCUAGAAUGGCUUUCUAGCAAUGUAAUUAUCAAGGCAAGAAAUUUAAUUUGAUCUUCGAUUUUCUGU